CUGGGGGAUUGGAUGACUAUGAUAGAGGCCUGGAAAUAGAAAGGCUUCCUGUGACAUAAAGUCGGGUGCCUAGAGAUAGGAAAAAUGUAGACUGACACCCAGGGCUUAACUUUCGGUUCUUGUGUGCAUGCAGGUUCAAUCCCCAGUGGCGUCUCCAGGGAGGGCUGGGCAUUUUCCCUGAAGAGCUGCUGCCAGCCAGUGCAGACAAUACUGAGCUACAGGAACCAGUGGUCUGGCUCAGUAGAAGGGAGCUUCCUGGGUUCCUAAACUGAAGCAGCAAAGAUCCCUGCUUUCCCCCCUAACUGGUUUUUAAACAUGUCCAAGUCCCAGUCGCCUUCAUGCAAGUCCAUUGGAGGCAUUUGUAUCCAGCUGCUUGCAUUUAAGUGAGUGGGCCUUUUCCUGCAACGUGAGGCGGAUGUUUGUCUGAAAACCCAAAUCUGCCUCAGCUCCAGCAACUUGCACUUUUAACACUGGACUACACUGAAGGGCUGUUAGCUGCAGCCCAGCCACUUACGGUAAAUUGAAAGGAAACACUCUGCAAACAGCUGACUUCAGCAGCUGGAGGAGAUGUCACAUGACCUGAAAUAAACAAGAGUGAAAGAAGAUUCCUCGCUGCCUGCCUGUGGUGAGAAAGUGGAGGAAAAGUCUCGUUCUAAAAGCUGAUUUCAGUCCUCCCAAUUCAGCACCCCAAUUCAUAAUUCAAGGGAAGAGGUGAAGACUCCUAGGACAUCCAGUGACCAUAUCAGGCUGUCUUUGCCUCCAAGUUCCUGGACUCCUUCCUGAAAUCUCUGUCUGUUGACUUCCUUCUUGUGACAAGCAUGGACCCCAGAGGUCUACGGCUCUUCGUCUUCUUCCCUAUCCUGUUUGCCUCCGUCCAGCUUUGUGAAAUCUCUGCAGGAAAUUCUGAUCGCAUCAGGUCUUUGAACACGGAGCUCUUGAAAGUGGCGGAGGAUGCGUCUGAGGAGCCAAACCCCAGUGUUUACCUGGCCCUGCGGCUGUCUAAUGACCACAACUUGCAGAAGGAGAGCCAGUACCUCCAGCGCCUCAAAGAUACCUUUCAGCCCAAUGCCAGCACCUCUCUGGCUCCAGUCCGCUACCAUGAGCAUCCUAGCACAGGUCAGAUGGCCCUGUACCUCCUUGCGCUGCGGGCCGCCUGCCACGACAUGGAGGCACUUGAAGGGAGGCAGCUGGUGACCCAGCUUAAGCUUCACUUGAACAAGGAAAAGGCGCAGAUAGGUCACAAGGACACAGGACACCCCAUCACCAACUACUACCAGUACAGCUUGGGUGUCUUAGCCUUGUGUGUUCACCGCAAGAAGAUCGACGAGCAUGUGAUCCGCAAGCUCUUGCACGCAGAGGAGCGGGGACGAUUUGUGCUCCACAACAAGCACUCUGUGGAUACAGAGGCGAUGGGAGGUCUGGCCUUUGCCUGCUUGGAACAAGCCACCUUCUACAAGCCAGAGCUGGUGGCAAACCUCAGCCAGGCUGUGCAGAGAGUCAAGCGGAAGAUACUGCAGGCUAAGACUGCAGAAGGGGCUUUUGGCAAUGUCGACAGCAGCCCCCUGGCCACACAGUUCCUCAUUGCUACGGGGAUGAACCCAGAGUGUCCCGAGGCUGUCGCAACCCUGAUUCGGAGCCUGGAGCGAGGAGAUUUCCAAAAUGCCCUCAUCAAGUCCCAGUUGCUGCCUGCCCUGCAUGGCAAGAGUUACCUGGAUGUCGCCAGGAUGGUGUGCCAAGCUGAGACAGGUGGUUUGAAUUUUGUCACCUCCUCUCCCAGGCUGGAGCCGCCCGCCGGGAGUAGGCCGAGCAUCCGGGUCGAGCUGCUUGUGAAGCAGCCACCUCUUCGCGUGCUGUUGUACAGACACGUCGUCAGAGUUCCUCUCGGCUCCUCUCUGCUGGACGUGCUGAAAAUUGCAGAGAAGCUGAACACCCCUAAGCGCUUCACGUUUGAGACCCAGAAGACGCUGUCUGGCCCUCUGCUGACCGCAGUGAUGGGGGUGAAGCCUCGGGAAGGGGAACGCAAGUACUGGAAGGUUCUCCGAGCUCCAAACACGGCCCUGGAGCAAGGUAUCGCAGACUACAUCCCACAAAACGAAGAAACCAUCCUCUUCAAAUUUAGCCCUUGGUAGAAACAGCCCACACUCUGAUUGAUUGGCUCUCUGCUAUCUCUGCCCCAACUGGCUCGCAGGACACAUAAAGACACCAGCACGGAGGGAGCAAUGAAGAAAUCCUGAAAGAACAAUGGGACUCAAGCUCUGCCCGAGGCAUAAUGGAGAACAGCAACAACUGAUAGACAUAAUAUAUUACAAGGACAGGAAGAAACAUUACAGACAGAAUAAUUGCCACACCCAGGAAGAACAAGAAGAGUUUGAAUGCUUCAUCUGUAGUUGUAUAAAUCAUUUAAUGUGCCAAUACAAAUGGAAGUCUUUAAAACUGCA